CUGUCAAAUCGAAUAAAUAUUUUGUAUACGAAAUACGUGUAUUUGGCGCCAUUUUUUCAUGGGAUGGAACUUGUCGGCGGCGAGCGUGUUGUCAACGGCUCAAUCAAGCGAGCGUAUCCGUUGCAGUCGAUGCGCUCAGCAUCUGGCCAUGUUUCUACAGCAUCUCCUGGCGGUGGAGAACUGGGAAUGUUUGGUCCGGGCGUGGGGCCGUGCGGACCGGACGCGGCGCGGUUGGUGGCGAUUAUUGUCGAAAACAAUAUCCUUUUUACUUAACUUAUUUUUAUUUCAAAGGUAUUUAGUUUUUUAUUUGAAGCUGUCCUUAACCUUCUCAGUGGCAGAACACACAGGACGUUCGAGUCGUGUCUGGUGUUUUUCUACGAUAACUGGGCGACCAAGAUGCAGUUCCUGAAACGCCAUGCAAGUAUUAAAGAACUUCUCUUUGUGAACAUCCAACAGAUAAAGUAAUAUUUAUGCAAAUAACUGUUUGUGAUACAGUACAAGCUUCGGGUCAAAGGACGUGGACUUGUGGCAUUGGAGUGGGAGGCUGGAGCUGAAACGGAAGAGCGGAUGCAGUGUGUCGUUGUCGCGGAGAGAAAUGUGCUGAAGAAAACGCUCAACAGAAAACCACGGUUGUUUAAUUUUCCGCAUAGCUUGCACAUUGAGGUCGCGUACGAGGAACCACAACGACUGCCCGACUCAGAUCAAUUGCGGUAUCUUCCAUCCAAAACAAUUACAACGAGAGAUCUACAUUCUGCCACCCCAGCGAGACAAACCCUUAUUCAAGCACAGGCACCACCGAGAAAGGUAUUACUCGGAUAACAAAGUUAAACCAGAACGUUUUUGGGCUAACCAAGUGUAUUUUAUGUGGAACAGAAACCCAAUCAUGGAAAACGUACACUUGAGGUCGCGAGAAUGACAUCGCCAGCGUAUCGGUACUCGCCCCUUUCCGAGUUGGUAGACGGAUUUGCUGACAUCUACGGGGUUGUCGUCAACAUGACACUUCCCAAGAAAACCAGCGGACGUGAUUUCUGUGUAAGUCGGUUGUCUGUGGCAUCAGGAAGAACUGCAUUGGUUUGUUACGCUAACUUGUGUAGAUGACUGUGAGUGUGACGGAUGAGAGCUGUCCUACGCGCGCAGCAGCGAUCCAGGUCAACAUUUUCUACCCGACGAUCGAGAAGAUACCGAAGAUUAAGUUUGUUGGCGACAUCAUUCGCUUUCACAAAGUAAAAAUUCAGCAAUACCAAGACAGAAUUCAAGGUCUUAGCUUAUCCCGCGCAACACGGCAUCUUGUUCUGCGAGAGAAGGCAAAUGGUUCGCUUGAGCAAGUGACGAACUCCGAUACCUGGACAUUCGAGUCCUCCGACGAACUGCGAACCCGUAAACUCCUGAAAUGGGCACGGAAAAGUUUAGCCGAGGAUGAUACUUUACCUCAGGGAUGCUCUCUUGCCCCCAAGCUUCUAUCCGAAUUGAAGUUUGCAGAGGGAUUUAUUGACCUUGUGGUCCGCGUCCUGAAUGUGGAUGAUUGCGACGAGCCCGUACGGUUAACAGUUUGGGAUGGUUCAGGCAGCGCAGAGGAAUCGGAUCAAGUUCUGGUGCGUGCAUUACAGGACAAAGGCGUUGCAGUCCCCCCAUACGGACUACUCAAAGAAGUGAUCAUGUCAUCCUGCUGGCUUGUCGUGCGUGAAAUGUGCUUCGUCGAUGGAAUGCUCAAGAACUGGUGUCGUUUUCGCAAUUUGGCAGUCGGAGUAGACGAGCCUAUACCCGGAGCUGUAAUUGCUCCUGGAGGAAGAGAAAUCCUGCGGUUCCGGGAGGUAUCGUCUUUCGUGUUGAUGCCGGACUUCGCGUUGGACGUACGGCGACGUUGUUCAUUGAUGGGCACGCCGAACUCAAGCAUAACAGCCAACAAUGACCAGCUCCGUACUUGUUCCCCAACGGAGAACCGUGUCAGUCCAGAGCAAGUUGUCACGGUGAUUCCCGAUCGUAUCCGGAAAAAUAUCCCUGUGACUCCUUUGCGUGAGAUCCUCAGUUCUCCUCAAACCCCUCGGAAGUUCCACUGCUGGGCUCGUGUCCGCAGCAUUUGGCCUAACGACAUCGAAAAGAUCUGCAAACCCAAGUCUGGCAAUAGUGACGAAUUCAUUUAUUCGUUCGCGUUGACUGUCGAAGAAGGAAGCGAGUCCUUGAGCAUAAUUGUGUACGGCAAAGACGCGGAACAUUUUCUUCACGGCAUCCCUCCAUGUGAUCUCAGCAGUAGUACAAGCUCCAAAACGUUGCUGGAAAAGCGCUUCGCUGCUCUGUUGAAAGCAUCCAACGCCUUCCAUUGGUGUAUCAAGUCAUACUCCGUGUCGUUGCCAUCUGGGCGGUCUGUCUGCCCAGGAACUGCUGUUCGAUACCGUUUGUUCGACACCCUGCUUCAAUGCUCGUAACCGAUACUAAAUCAAGUUCAAACCUGUGCGAAAGCAAGCAGGAAGAUUUUUUCGUGUGUGCCAUGCACGUCAUUCCAUUAUUGCAAUGCAAACAUGAAUAUACUUUACUUGUCUGGCACUUCACGGAGAGCCAAGACUCGAGAUAGAAAUA